AUGACCAAGAAGGAACACCCCGAAGAACUCAACAAGAGUUCGGCAGUCCAUGAUGAACAUGCCGACAUCAAUGCGCUUGCUCUUCUAUCCUCGGAGGUGAAGUAUGACGCCGGAAAGCUCAGGGACCUCAUCCACAACCCCUACGCAUUCGGUGCUGCGUUCUUGGCAUCAUUCGGUGGUUUUUCAUUUGGCUACGGUAGGUCCUUCGUCCGCCUACACUACGUCCCAAUUAACAUGUUCUAG